AUGCCUCACUUUGACGAAAGCAAAGCAUAUGCCGUCCAGGAGGACGUCUUCUUCGACGACGGCCGCGAGAUCGAACUCCUGCACUUUGUGUACAGCCAGCCCGACCUCGACGAGAUCCGGGGCUCCCCCGAGCGCGUCCUCAAGGCCGUCGACGACUUUGGCCGCACCAAGAAGUAUCUCAUGAAUGUCGGCGAGGACAAGGGCAAGAUCGUGACGGAUUUGAUCACCGAGGUCAAGCCCAAAAUCAUGGUCGAACUAGGAGGCUACGUGGGCUAUUCUUGCAUUCUAUUCGGCGCCGCCGCCCGUGCCGCCACCCCCAACGCAAGAUACUACUCGCUCGAACGGAAUCCCGAGUUCGCCGCCGUCAUCGGCUCUCUUGUCGACCUCGCCGGCCUCGCCGACACCGUAAAAGUCGUUGUCGGCCCCAGCGACGCCUCUAUAGCGCGUCUGCACGCUGCGGGCUCGCUCCCCAGGAUCGACCUGAUGUUUUUGGACCAUUACAAGCCCGCUUACACCACCGAUCUGAAGCUCUGCGAGCAGCUCGGCCUUAUCGGCCCCGGGUCCGUCCUCGCUGCCGACAACGUCAUCAAGCCGGGUAACCCCCCGUACCUCGAGUACGUCCGCAGCUCGGUCGCGCAGAAGCGUGCAGCCGCCCGGGACGUUGGGAAGGCGAGGGUGGAGAGCGGAUGGCACGACGAUCGAACGGCGAAGCAGUACGAGAAGCGCGAGGGCGAAGAGAGGCUGGACCUGUCGCGCAUCGGGAACCCAAAUCUCAACUACGAGAGUCAGUUGGUCCAUAGCUUUGAGCCGACUGGCGUGCCUGAUGGUGUUGAAAUCACGAGAUGUGUCGGGGAGGAGAAGGAAUGA